GGAGAGGACCAAGUCAGUAAGUGACAUGGUCCUCCAACAUACUAAUUUCUCUAUUUUUACCCUCUCUUUCCUCUGAAAUUACAUCAUUAAGUUUGCCCAUUAAUCUGUGUUUGGCUUCGAGAUUUUUUGUUGGUUUCUUCUUUGUUUGUGGGUCUCAUGCGAAACGCAUUCCGCACCACAAACCACAGGUACCAAAUCAGCUUCCUUAAUCCUUGUUUGUGGGAGAAAAUGCGGGCUUAAACACGCCUUCAUUGUUGGUUUUCGUUCUUCCCCACUGCAGUAUUAAGUUCUCCACUUACUUAAUUCAGUUCAUAGUUCGUCUUGGUGGAGAUGGAUCCCUCAGAUUUUCUUGUUUUUGAGCGACACUUCAUAUUUUCUACUAUAGAAAUCCGAACUCUUUUUAUGUGUGAGAAGGAAUUGAAGUAGAUAAUUCUUGUAUAUUUCUAUAUUUUUUUUUAGAAUUUGAUUUCGUUGGGAUUUAUUGAGAUUUGAAAGCCGUGUUUUAAUGGAGUGGAAACUGUUUGAUUCGAAGUCAGUAUGUGCUGCUGAGACAGUUCGCGGGGGAAGAACAUGUUCAAGCACCGUCUCCAUUUUUAAGCGCAGAACUGGUUUUAUUUCUUGCAGAAGUGUGUUUCCGAAGGCUUCUAACUCUAGUACUUCAAAUAAGUCUAUUGGGUCAGUUGGGCAAGAAAAUAUUGCAGUAGAAGCUUGCUCCUAUCUGAUCAAUAGAGCAAGCGGCUCAUCUUUUCUGUUCUCCAAAGAUAAGAAUGUACUUAAUGCCUUCGAUGAUGAGUAUGGGGGUGUUGUUGUUGACCCAGAAAGAUUACCAGCUAAUCCCAAUGUUUUUGCUUCCUUACUUCAUUCAUCUCUCUCUCGCUGGAAGAUGGAGGGAAAGAAGGGAAUUUGGCUUAAGUUGCCUGUGGAACAAUCUGAGCUUGUUCCAAUUGCUGUGAAGGAAGGCUUCAAUUAUCACCAUGCAGAGAAAGGAUACGUUAUGUUGACAUACUGGAUUCCUGAAGGACCUUGCAUGCUUCCUGCUAAUGCUUCACAUCAAGUCGGGGUUGGAGGAUUUGUGAUCAAUGACAAGAAUGAGGUUCUUGUAGUACAAGAGAAAUACUGUUCCCCAGACUUUGUUGGUCUUUGGAAACUACCAACUGGUUUCAUUCAUGAGUCAGAGGAGAUUUUUACUGGAGCUGUCAGAGAAGUAAAGGAGGAAACUGGUAUUGAUACGGAAUUUGUGGAAGUUAUAGCUUUCAGGCAUGCUCACAAUGUGGCUUUUGAAAAGUCAGACUUGUUCUUCAUCUGUAUGCUAAGACCCUUAUCAACUCUGAUCAUGGUAGAUGAUUUUGAAAUUCAAGAUGCCAAGUGGAUGCCUCUAGCUGAAUUCGUAGAGCAGCCUCUCAUCCAAGCUGACCACAUGUUCAAGAAAAUCAUCGACAUUUGCAUUGCACGGCUGGGGAAGUGUUACUGUGGAUUAUCCGUUCAUCAUGUGGUCUCCAAAUUUGACAGUAGACUGUCCUGCUUGUACUAUAAUGUUGUCGAGGCUGAAGAUUUUAACUGCCAAGGCACUUGAAGCCAUCCAAGCGCUACCCUGCAUUGUUGAUUGAGUUCCUUCCUCUGCCAUUGAAUGCAUCUCCUACUUUCCCCUUGUUGUGUUCAACAAUGGAGAGCUUACUGCAAGUGCAUGUAUGCCAAAAUAUCAUACUGAUAGUUUUCGUAUUACAAAUGAUUUAUAACAUGUAAUCGGAAAAAUCUUUUUAACAUUCAUAUAUGUAUCCUGUUGUCAAUAAAAUGUAGAACAUCGCUAAUUUAUGUUCAUUUAUAUUUGAGAAUCUCUUAUUAAA